AUGGAUCGUUCCACACACUCGACUCACGACGAAAUCAACUUGGUUCGUCUCAUAAGGCGCCUGGAAAAGUCUACGCUUGACCCAAGCUGGUCUAACAACGGCGACGAUGUCUGGCUCAAGGCGUUGGGCACACUACAGACGGUCAAAUAUGCUAGAAAGCUGCUCAAGAACGUGGAGCUCAACGAUUAUGACCCUGCUCUGAAAAACGUGCGACGUUAUAAUGAAUUACGAAUGACCCUUGACCGAAUUGAUACAUUUGCAAAGGACGUGGAAAAGCGCGCAACUCCCGCGCAAAAACGUCCUGAACCAUUGCUACCACGUAUACCGAUACCGGAGGCACCUCCAGAGCCUUCACCGCCUAACACUACGGUCUCUUUACCCGAGGAAAACGAGAUGUCUACCUCACCUAUGCCACUGCCAACUGCUGACAGUCUCCUGCUGUCGCCCACCGACCCGCCCUCCACAACGAUAUCACCUUUACCUACUCUUUUGCCAGCCUUAGCUACGUCAAAGGCCACCGGUGCUUCUCCUCACUCUCUCCAAAACACGAAUGCUCUCCACAACGAACUAUCUGACCAGCUCGCACAAAUGGCUACACAGCUCAAACGCAACGCCCUGCAUUUCUCUAAUUCGCUGUCAGCAGACAAGGCCGUUGUUGAGGCAGCACAACAGAAGAUAGAGAGCAACUUCGAUGUCAUGAAGAAAGAGAGAGUACGUUUGAGAGAUCAUCGUGGAAAGAGUGGGUCUACGACAUGCCUGGCGAUUAUGUCUGUCAUCGUGGUGACAGUUUUAUUCAUCUUCAUGGUGAUGCUUAUACGUCUAACUCGAUAG